CAUCUAGUACAGGCUUUGAAAUUUCCACUUGCCUGUUCGCCAAUGGCGAGUGGAAAUUAUGGGUGGGGGCGAGUGUCCCCCAGGGCCGUCUUGCUGAGCAGGCUCGGAGCUCAGGCCGGAUCUGUCAUUGGCACUGGGAGCCGUCAGACUGCUCAAUAGCUGAGCGCAGUGAAAGCAAAGGAAAGAGUGUGUGCUGUGCUCUCUGCCUCCCCCUAGAGUGCAGCACUCGGAUCUGUGAGUGAAGGUAAGGAAGUACUGCAACUUUUUAUAGGGGGGUGUGUGCAUGUACAUGUACAUGUGUGUAGCUGUACAUGUGUCUGCGUGUAUGUGUGCAUGUACAUGUACGUGUGUCUGUAUGUACAUGUGUGUAUAUGUACAUGUGUCUGUAUGUGUGUACAUGUGUCUGUGCGUGUGUAUUUCUGUGUAUGCGUGUCUGUACGUGCCUGUGUGUGUAUACAUGUGUCUGUAUGUGUAUGUACAUGUUUUUUUUUGUGUGUGUAGGUGUGUGUGUGUGUAUGUACAU